UCCAUUAACGGUCUCCUCCCACCCACCCACGGCUCCCGCUACCGCCUACCAGGAAUGGGUAGUCUUCCACAUUGGAAUAUGAAUUGCAGCAUUUUAUGCAAAGGGGGAGCGGUUUCAUUCGUGGGUUUUGCUGCUCUUCCAUUUAUGCAGUCGAGGGUGAGAGCUUUUGAAGGUUUGGUGAGAGGACAAAUUAUCAGUCAAAGCUUAUGUAGAAAGGAAACUUCUGUUUUUCUGGGGAAUGGAUCCAACCACAUGUUGUCAAAGAAAGUGAUCUUUACCAUCCCUAGAUGUAGCCCUUCUUCAAACUCCAGUGGUAGUGACAAUGACUCCUCCAAACAGCCCAAGCAGACACCUUUCGGUUACACAAGGAAAGAUGUUUUACUGAUUGGACUUGGACUUACUGUCUUCGGCAUUGGCUUGAAAACUGGAUUAGAGUUUGCAGGAGUUGAUCCUCUGCAAGCUGGAAAUGUAGUUCAGCUGGUACUCGUUUUGGGCCUAACUGUUGGUUGGAUUUCAACAUAUAUAUUUAGAGUUUCAAACAAGGAAAUGACAUAUGCUCAACAAUUACGUGACUAUGAAAACAAAGUCAUGGAGAAGCGGAUAGAGGGCCUAACAGAAGCAGAGCUGGAAGUAUUGCUUGAACAAGUUGAGGAAGAGAAGAGACGCCUUGCUAGGGGCGAGCAGGUUAAGUAAAUUAAGAUCUUUGUCAUGUAUAGCUUCUAAACCACUACUACAGAUAUUGAUGUACAAAUCUAUGUAUAUGGGGCAAUUAGUUCACACGCAUAUUUUUUGAUGCAAA